AUGGCACGUACCAAGCAAACAGCCCGCAAAUCCACCGGAGGCAAGGCCCCAAGGAAACAGCUGGCCACCAAAGCCGCACGUAAGAGCGCACCAGCUACCGGAGGAGUGAAGAAGCCACAUCGUUACCGUCCGGGUACAGUCGCUCUCCGUGAAAUCCGUCGUUACCAAAAGAGUACCGAGCUGUUGAUCCGUAAAUUGCCUUUCCAACGGCUUGUGCGUGAAAUCGCCCAGGACUUCAAGACCGAUUUGCGUUUCCAGAGCUCUGCCGUCAUGGCAUUGCAAGAGGCGAGCGAAGCGUACUUGGUCGGUCUCUUCGAAGACACCAACUUGUGCGCCAUCCACGCCAAGCGUGUCACGAUCAUGCCAAAGGACAUCCAAUUGGCUCGUCGUAUCCGCGGAGAACGUAGCUUAAUUAAAUAUCCGUUAAAAAUAUUAAUAUCACCCCCUAAAACGGCCCUUUUCAGGGCCACCAAAAUUUUUAAAAUUUACUGUAGACCGACCACCGGUUGAUUUUUAAAUGUAGUC